AAAUACGAAUUUAAGAGAUAAAAAAAUUGAAAAAUAAAUUAAAUUUGUAACACAUAUAUAAUAUAUAAAAAGGAAAAUAUUGAAAACUUACUUUAAUUUUCACGAAUUCGGCAGCACGCCUUUAUGUGCCCUCACCUGUUAUCAGCACAAACAGCUGAUUUUUAUUUGUCAAUUUUGUAAUUUGCUUUCCCAUAUCACUUUUAUUUUGCAACCGGCAAUUCUUUCGUCAUGAAAUAAAACAGGGAUAAAAAAUAAAAUUACAAAAUGGUGCAACUAUUUAAGUGUUUAUUAAAAGCUGAAAAGAAGGUUGUACGUGCACACCUACGUAACGCUUUCAUCGACAGUCUGCGUUUGACAGUGCGUGGUGGUCACGGAGGAAAUGGUAUACCAAAAUAUGGUGGCAUUGGUGGUCAAGGUGGCUGCGUAUAUUUUGUGGCUAAAGACGGUGUCAGUUUGCGGGAUGUAGCACAGAAAUACAAAACAAAGCGUAUAGCGGCUUCCAGUGGUGAGGACAGCAGUAAAGUGCGCAUACUUGGACGACGAGGAUUAGAUGAACGCGUCGAAGUACCAACGGGUAUACAAGUAUAUGACGAACAUGGUCAGCUCUUGGGUGAUUUAAAUGAAGAUAAUGCAACAUGUAUAACAGCAGGCGGUGGCACUGGCGGUUGUACUGGUAAUAAUUUUUUAGGGACACCUGGUAAUCAACGCACGGUAAAAUUGGAUCUCAAAUUGAUUGCCGAUGUAGGGCUUGUGGGGUUUCCUAAUGCUGGUAAAAGUACGCUGCUUAAAGCUAUUUCGAAUGCAAAUCCGAAAAUUGCUUCGUAUCCAUUCACAACUAUACGUCCCCAAAUCGGCACUAUAGAAUAUUCGGAUUUACGUCAAAUAACCCUUGCUGAUUUGCCUGGUCUGAUUGAGGGCGCACAUGCAAAUAUUGGUAUGGGUCAUAAAUUUUUAAAACACGUCGAACGUACACGUCUACUGCUCAUUAUGGUGGAUAUAUUUGGCUUUCGCUUAGGUGCACAGCAUACUAAACGAGAUUGUUUGGAAAAUAUUUAUGCGCUAAAUAAAGAAUUAGAACUGUAUGAUGAGACGUUGUUGGAUAAACCAUGCGUAUUAUUGGUAAAUAAAAUGGAUUUGAAAGGUGCGUCCGACGUUUACAAAACUAUAAAGCCAAUUAUCAAUAAUUUGGAGCAGGGUUUAGAAAAAUGUCCGGAAGAAAUUAGACCAUCAAAACUUAUUAAUAUCGAACGUAUUUUACCAAUAUCUGCGAAGAACGAAAAACGCAUUGAUGUCGUUAAAGAGGAACUUCGAGACGUCCUCGACAGCGUAGCAGAGCGAAAGUAUGUACCUGACGCGUUAGAACUACGUGAGCAAUUAAAAAGGAAAGUCGGUGAACGCGGACCAAAAAUAACUUAAGUUUUAUAACAUAGUUAUAUACGAAAGUGUUAUACUUAUGUAUUUAUUUAAAAAGUGUAAGUUAAGGCUAAAUACUUCUUAAAUAAACAAACAAAAAAACAACUUUUGAAGCAACAUUUUUUUUUUAUUUCAUAUAUUAUUUAUUUCAUUAUAUAUAAACGAUUAGCUUGGCGAGGUCAGUCGAUUAGACCAUGCGAACUAGUCUCUUAGUUUUUGCUAUUUAGAUCUACAAUUUUGCACACAUCCUCUUCUCCCUAAGAAGCUGCACAUUUAUAGGAAACGCCAAUAUCAGAUCAUCAUAGCAUAUAGCUGCAAUAUAAACUAAACGAUCAAAAUUAAGUUCUUGUGUGAAAAUUUUUUUUAUUUGAAUUUUUUUUUUAUUCUUCGCGAAAUUUGGCAUAAAUUAUUAUCCAAGACUACGGUAUAAUCUCUAAAUGAGUUGUUUAGAUCGGACCACUAUAGCAUAGAACUGCCAUAAAAACUGACCGAUCAAAAUCAAGUUUUUCUAAAGAAGCUUUUGUUGUUGUGAAGGGUACUAUAGGCUCGGGCAACCGAAGUUAAAGCUUUUUCCUUUUUUUCAAUCUGGCAACAUUUUUUUUUCUUUCGAAAAUAUGCCGUUACAUCUUGUAAUUCGAAUAAUUUCACAAUGUUUCUGAAAAUACUUGGAAAUCGUUUAAAACACAAUAUUGACGCAAAUGGAUUUGGAUUUGGCCACUUGCCUAUUUAUUGGGAUAACAACUGAUUGUUUGCAGGACAAACCAUAUAUUUACGAAAAGGGUCGCUUUACAAAAAUGAAUAUGCAAAGGCUUUUUGCAAAAGAAGUAAUAACAUUUGUGCGUUGUAAGGAGUUACGAGUACUUCCUAGUCCCUUUGACAUAUCGGAUGAUUACUUUAAAAAUAUUUUUCGACUUGACAAGUGGCUGUUCCAAGAUUUCUUACUUGUACUCUGUCUCCGUACCUACUAUCGUCCAGAACUAGAUAAUAAUCUGAUGCCAUUCGAUUUACGUGUACUAACUACGCUUACAUAUUUAGCGCAUGGCCAUUUUGGUGCAUUACAACAUUUAGAUGCUUUUCGAGGAUACAAAGAAGGCAUUUUACAACGUUGUGUGCCCGAAGUAUGCCAGAUAAUCGUACAUUUUCUCGCAACCGAUUAUAUUGUAUUCCCUUCAAAUAACGAAGAGACUUUGGGUAUUAAGCACGGUUUCAAUGCUCGCUACGGUAUACCGCAUGUAGUUGGUGUUAUGGAUUGUUUUCAUGUCCGUCUUUCUAAGGUAGCUGCAACACAAGAGCAAGCAUUUAAAUGUAGACAUGGUUUGUGAUAACAAAUAUCGUUUCAUAAAUGUGAAUUCUCGAGCGUCUGGUGGUAGUAGUGACAUAUUCGUCUGGAAACAUAGUCACAUAUAUGGUAUUAUGAAAAAUCUAUUUGUAACGGCACCUGCA